UGGGGACACUGAGAGAGUAGCAUACGCCUAUUGUUCAUACCCCAGUGGCAGGCUUAGAGUAGCAUGUGUGUGUAUAUAUGUUCCCUCAUUUGUUCGCUUCACUCGAACCACACCCAGCGCCAUUUCGCCUGAUCAAUACUCAAUAGUGUAGUGUGCCCAUGGAUCACUACCCGCCGCCGCCGCCCCUGCACACAAGUGCUCCGCCCACACCGGGCAACGGCAACCGGGAGACGGGCCACGUUGCUGUGCACCCGCCGCCGCCGCCGCCGACGGCGCUGGCGCGGGGCCUGCCCGUGAGCCAGCAGCAGCUCGGCGGGGAGCAUGACCUUGACCCCAACGCGCUGCUGGUGGGGGCCACGCUGAUCACGAUGCUCGCCUACCUGCUCGGCACCUUCAUCCCCGGCGGCUACUGGCAGCAGGACUGGAGCGACGACGGCAAGCGGGUGCUCUACCGCGCCGGCGACCCCAUCAUGCGCGACCUGCACCGGCCGAGGUACUGUGUGUUCCGGAUCGCGAGCUGGGUCGGGGUCGCGAGCUCCAUGGUGAUGACGCUGAGCCUGCUCGUGCGGAUGGCCCCGGACUCGCGCCACGUCCGGUGGUCGUUCGCGGUGUCCUACUCCAGCCUGCUGCUCACCUUCGCGGUGUCGCAGACCAAGACGCACCUGUCGGUGGACAUCAUCGUCUGGCUCGCCGUCCUCGUCGUCUCCUGGCUCAUCACCAGCACCGGCCGCAUCCGUGGGGCGAACCGCGCGCGCAUCAUGAAGCUGUUCUGCUGCAGCAGCGGCGACAGCUGAAAAAAAAAUCUCUUGUCACCAUCCACCCUCUCUUUAGUUUUUCUUUGCUUAUUGGUGAUGCGAUGUUUGUGCCUUUUCUCAGCUAGUGGGCUCGAUGGAAAAUAUGGCCACGAGGUAAGAUUUUUAUGUGGUGAGAUUUUACGUGCAAGCUGUGUGAUGUGGAUUGAAACUCUGUCCUUGCUUGAGCGAUGAUGUACUGCAUUUAUAGAUGGAUUGGCGUGGUUAGAUUAGUGUAACAAAAAAAAAGAGUUCAUGGAAUUUAUCUGGUUUUGCUAUUUCCUUGUCUCA